AUGAAGCGAAAAGCAGACACAGUGUUGCCGGGCUACGAGGCCGUACCGUUGCACGUAUACGACAGCACGCUUGGCAACACGGACAUCUUGACUCGCAUUGGGUUGGUGUUUCCGAGUGCGCUGUCGCUAGAGCGAUUGCAAGACUCGUGGUUCGAGCUGGUGCGCGCCUGGCCGAUCCUGGCAGCACGCGUCCGCCCUACACCCUCGACGCCCUCGGGGCUUUCAUACUUCGUGCCCACGGAGGCCACGCUCGCAGCGCUCGAAGCGCGCUCCCGCAGUGCGCACAGCAAGCCGCUCGACAAACACAUUGCGCUCGUCGAUGCCUCGCCACGCACCAUCUCGACGUUCCACGCGAUUGCGGGGCGCUCGGUGCAUGCGCAGCUCGAUGCGCACCAGGUGAGCAUCGGCGAGGCACCGGAUACCCGGGAGCGCGAUGCCAUGACGUGCUGCAAUGCGUGCACCUCGUGGAAGCAGCUGCUGGUGACGGACCAGGCCUACGUCACGGCCCAGGCGACCAAGUGGGCGGAUGCGACCAGCGUGACCAUCAGCUUCAGCCACAUUGCCGGCGAUGCAUUUUCCAUCAAGAACAUCCUCGAGGCGUGGCAGCGCACGCUCAACGGCCAGCUCCCCGAGCCGCUGCAGGACCUGGGCAAGGAUCCGUUUAUCAAGCUCCUCCCGCAAAAGGGCGACGCGGAAGAGCUGCCGCUCGGCUGGACCAAGCUCGGCCUGGUGCGCACGCUCAAGCUGCUGACCAGCUUUGCGUGGGACCUCAAAGUGCGGCGGCCCGAAAGCUCGUUCCGGCAGUACUACGUCUACAUGCCGCAGGCCCAGGUCGACGCACUCAUGCAGCAGGCCCGUCGGGACCUCGAGCAGCUCGCCACCGCCGAAGCCGCCGUCGCCGCCGACGCCGAGUCUGAGUCAAAGGAGGAAAAGAACACUUCCGCUGCCUCGCCACGCGACUACACGGUGAGCACGUUCAACGUGCUCUUUGCCUGGCUGCUCCAAAACGUCCACGCUGCCUUCCCGAAGCAGGCCAAGAUGAGCCACGCGCUGGCCGUUGUCAACCCGAAAUUGCGCCCGCCGCUCGGCCAUGUCGAGGGCGAUUACCCGGCGCACCCGCUCUGGGGCGGCGCAUUCGCUGCCGUCAUCCGCGAGCUCUCGGCACACGAUUACGCCACGCUCCCCAUCGGCCAAGUGGCCCUGCAUAUCAGAGAGAGCCUCAAGGAGCAGGUCACCCCGCGCAACAUACGCAACAACCUCGUCCUGCUCCUCCGCCACACCAUGUGGAAAAAGCCCAGCGGCAAGGUCUUCUUCUGGACCAAGAACACGUCCAACUACUGGUUCGGCACCACCGAGUGGAGGAGCGUCAAGUUUGCCGAGCUCGAUUUUGGCGCUGCAGCUGAUCCUGGAAACGGGGCAGCGCCGCCCAGCAUCCACCCGGUGGCAAUGUCGGCGGGGAUGGAGCUCCCCACUACCGCGCGCAACCGGUGGGUGAUUUUCGGCGAGGCGGGCAAAGGCGUCUGGUUCUCCGGCGGCAUGACGCCCAAAGAGGCGCGCAACAAGAACGGCUUUGGCAGGUACAUCCUCGUCAAGUAG